GUCACGCCCCCUGUUCUCUCCUGUCUUCCGCGUUCUGUCCUUAUGUCCAGUGCAUUGGUCCAGCGGUUUAUCCGGAUGUUUUUUUCCUCUUUUCGAGAGUCAGCUCAUCCUUUAAACUCGUGCUUCAUCAGCGCUAAGCGGAGUUUCACAUCCGGAAUCUCUCCGUGACAGUCACCUGACGGGAGCCUGGUCACGUGACAGACACCUGACGGGAGCCCGGUCACGUGACAAUCACCUAACAGGAGCGGAUCUCUCCUGUGAGACGUGGACUUGCACUAGUUGGGUCAUUUAUCUGUUCACUGGUCCAAAUGGCCGCAGAUCCUCCAAAGUUAAGGACGUGGAUAGCUGCGAAUGAAAGGCUUAAAAAGUUGAAAAAUGCUUUUGAAACAAAGUAUGGAGAGUCUCCUCUCUUCUUCGCAUAUGCACCAGGAAGAGUGAAUUUAAUAGGAGAGCACAUUGAUUACUGUGGCUACUCCGUGUUGCCGAUGGCUAUUGAACAGAAUAUCCUCGCGGCCGUGUCGGCGAACAGUUCAGGGGUCAUCCAGCUGGCCAACACCAACCCUCAGUACCAGGAUUUCAAGGUGUCGUGCACAACAGAAAUUGUCAUCGACCGAGGAAAUCCAAAGUGGUAUAAUUAUUUCCUCUGCGGCGUCAAAGGUAUUCAGGAGCAGUUUGGGAUCACCAGUUUAGCGGGGAUGUGCUGUUUCGUGGACGGGACGGUCCCUCCGAGCUCUGGCCUGUCCAGCUCGAGUGCGCUGGUUUGUUGCUCUGGCCUCCUGACAGCGGAAGCAAACAAAAAGUCCCUCUCCAAGGUGGCUCUUGCAGAGAUAUGUGCCAAGUGUGAGCGCUACAUUGGUACGGAGGGAGGAGGCAUGGACCAGUCCAUAUCUUUCCUGGCAGAGCAGGGAACUGCAAAGCUGAUAGAGUUCCAGCCCCUGCGGGCCACUGACGUCAGGCUCCCCGAUGGCGCCAUGUUUGUGAUCUCCAACUCCUGCGUCGAGAUGAACAAGGCAGCUUCUUCUCACUACAACAUCCGUGUGGUGGAGUGUCGCAUCGCCACAAAGAUGUUGGCGCAGGCCCGUGGUGUGGACCCGAGCGGGCUGUUGAAGCUGUCGCAGGUUCAGACGGCGCUGAAAGCUUCCCUGGAGGAGAUGCUGGCUCUGGUGGACGAGGUUCUCCAUCCUGAGCCGUACACCCGGGAGGAGAUCUGCAGGUUCCUGGGCGUCACCUCGGAGCAGUUUGCAACAGAACUGCUGAGCGCCAACACUCAGAUCUUGACACAGUUCAAGCUUCACCAGCGAGCCAAGCACGUGUACGGGGAGGCUGCGCGGGUGAUGCGCUUCAAGAGCGUGUGUGACUCCGGACCUGCUGAGUCGGUCCAGCUGCUGGGGGAGCUGAUGAACCGGAGCCACGCGAGCUGCAGAGACCUCUACGAGUGCAGCUGCCCUGAGCUGGACCAGCUGGUGGACAUCUGCCUGAAGUCGGGCGCCGUGGGUUCCCGGUUGACCGGGGCCGGUUGGGGCGGCUGUGCCGUCUCCAUGGUUCCCACUGAGAAGGUUGAGUCCUUCCUGCAGUCCGUCAGAGAGGCGUACUACCUCCCCGACCCGCGCCGGGCGGCCAUGGAGAAGCAGAGUUUGUUCGUCUCCAAGCCGGGAGGCGGAGCUGCAAUCCUGCUGGCGGACUGAACCUCCCCGCCGUGUUGGAUCACGUCACAAGAUGCAUCAUGGCGGCUGUAAAUUAAUUCACUGGUGGGCUUAACUUUGUAAUCAGUAGGUUUUUUAUUGGGUCUCUUUAGGAAAUGAAUAAAAUGUCCAGUUGGUAUGGUCUAAAACUCAGCGGUCCUUUUCCGAGUCAGAACUAAUACGGUUUUUGUGCCUAAAUAUUGUAGAUUUUCUUCCCUUUUGUCACCAGAACAACAAGUUUCACACACGUUUCAUGUUCUGCUGAUCGGAGCAGGCACUGAGCUUUGGAUCAGUCCUCACUGUUCUGGAAACAUCAGAGGUGGAGCUGUCGUGGUCCGAGGCAGCGCCCGUGUACUAACCCUAACCCUCGGGGUUACCCGCGCGGGCAGUACUCGAGUUGUAAAAAAAAAAUCAGGGGGGAUGGUGGAUUUUAGCAUAUGGGGACAGAUAAUUUGUGCUAAUUACAAAUAAUAUAAUAUAUUACAAAUAAUAGCACUGACCAAAACACCUGCAGAAAUACUACAGGAAUGACAUAGCAGCAGUUAAAUGCAGCCUUCUGUAAGCUUUAAAUAUCCACUGGGCUUACAUCAAAUACAUCAAAACACAACAAUAAAAAACAGUUUUCUGAACUUAUCAAUAUGACUCUGUCCUUCACAGGAUAAGUAAAAUGGAUCACUGCAAAAACUCACAAUCUUAAUAAGAAUAUUUGUCUUAUUUCUAGUUAAAAUGUCUCAUUUUAGUAAAAAAAAUCUCAUUACACUUAAAACAAGACUCCUCACUGGAAAAAACAACAAUUUUCACCUGUUUCAAGUAGAAUUUCACU